AGUAGUGUUACCACCAGAUUGAAAUUCAGCCUCAAGAUCGAUACAAGACCGCCUUCAAAACGUGGUAUGGGCAUUUUGAGUGGGUCGUGAUGCCAUUUGGACUCACCAAUGCCCCGACAACCUUCCAAGCAGCCCUGACAACGGAAUUCCGAGACUUGCUCGAUCGUUCCGUCCUCAUCUACCUCGAUGAUAUCUUGGUCUAUAGUAGGACGCUUGACGAGCACCUCAUACACCUUUGUGUGGUGUUGGAUCGUUUGCGAGCAGCCAAGUACAAAGCAAAUCGCGACACGUGCGAAUUCGCCAGGCAAGAGCUUGAGUCCUUGGGCCAUUAUGUGACGCCGAAAGGCAUUCGUCCCUUAGCGGACAAGAUCCAAGCCAUCGUGGAUUGGCCGGAACCCCGUUGCACGACGGACGUACGCUCUUUCAUGGGGUUGGUUGGAUACUAUCAGCGCUUCGUCGAGUCUUAUUCCAAAGUGGCAGCUCCUUUGUCGAGACUUCAGUCCCCGAAGGUACCAUUCGAGUUCGACGACGCAGACCGUGGCGCAUUCAAUACGUUGAAGGCGGCGAUGCAAGACGCAUCAGCCCUCCGUAUCUAUGAUCCCACCCUACCCACCCAAGUGACUACGGAUGCUUCCGGGUACGGUAUUGGUGCGGUAUUGGAACAAUGCCACACGGAUGGUUGGCACCCGGUCGAGUGCCUCCCAUCAACACUCUCGACGAUGCAAGGAAGAAAGAGCUACUCGCGUUCGUCACCGUUCUCAAACGGUCGUCGGCGUUUUAGAUGGAACACGGACAACAAUCCGUUGCUCUUCUACAAAACGCAGGACACUGUCACUAGCACGAUCGGUCGAUGGAUGUAUUACAUCGACCAGUUCGACUUUGAGUCGUGCCACAUUCCCAGUCCCGCCAAUCGAGGAGCGGACGCCCUCUCACGACGGCCCGAUCUUUGUGCCCUUGUGACCACGACGUUCGACCUCGACGACGAUCUGCAGCAGCAUUUCGUCAACGGCUACAAGUCUGAUCUGACUCUAUGCUUUAUGCGGACCUAUCAUCGGAUCACCCGCUGGCUGGUCAUUAUCCAGGAGGACAUUCACAACCUCGACGAAGCAGUUCAGACGCACAAUCAGGUGUUUGACCAAGUCACCAGCCGCCUCCAGCAGCUGGAACAGACCGUUGCCGCCUCCGUUGCCAGCUCUUCCAACACUUUCGUUCGCCUCGAGGCAUUGGAGAUUGACGUCGGAUACCUCAAGGACGGCGUGCAGUUACAGCAAACUGCAACGCAACAGUUGGAGCAGCGGAUCUGUACUGCUGCCACCCACUCAAGCUCGGAACCGCGCGAGACAACUCCAAGGUUUGAUGAUCAGGAAGUCUUCUGCGACUCGACCAAGACGGACCCAAUUCCAUGGUUCCACAAGUUCGAGCUCAAGUUGCAGCUCCACCACAUCAGCGAACACAAGCACCACGCAUACUUAUACUCCCGGUUGGGGGGCGCGUGCCAAGCGUGGUUGGACAAUCUCUUGUCCAAGUACGGAGUGGUAGUUGUCAACUUGCAUACCAAGAUCAGUUGGGAUGAUCUAAAGGCGGCGUGGCAUAGGCGGUUCCAAGUAGAGCCGCCGAAGAUAAAGGCAAUGAACAAGCUGAUGGUCUUCGAACAAGGCACGCUGCCAAGUGUUGACUGGAUCGCCAAGUACCAACGCUUGACAUCUAUCCCAGACAUUCAAAUGGGCUUCAAAGCCAUCAAACACUACUUCAUCUCAAGGUCGUCUCCGGCGUUGAGCAAUGCCUUACCUCACGUCAAGGACACUUUGACGACACCGGCAGAGCUCUUCGACAUGCCGCACAGAUUAUUUACCGUGUACUAUUCCUCUUCCGCACCGUUCGAUUCCGUGCCCAGUGGUGACCGCAAAGUCAUUCCGAGGCAACCUGACGAAAUCGGCCUACGUUUCCUACGGACCGUCGCGAUAGCCGACUCUUCACCCACGGACUUGUCUUCGGACCCCCGUAUGGUGCGGUUGCUUGACGAGUUCGCCGACAUCUUCGAGUCACCUACCGGUGUGGUGCCAGAUCGGUCGAUCUCUCACGAGAUCAUUCUUGAGGCCGGUGCUGUGCUGCCAAAAGGUUGCAUUUAUCGCAUGAGCGAAGAGGAGCUUACGGUCCUCCGCGCGCAGCUCGAUGACUUGUUGGACAAGGGCUGGAUCCGCCCUAGUAGCUCGCUAUAUGGAGCGCCAGUUCUCUUCGUACGGAAGAAGAACAAGGAUCUACGAUUGUGCAUCGACUACCGCAAGCUCAAUGCGCAAACCGUCAAGAAUGCGGGGCCUCUUCCUCGUAUCGACGAUCUUCUUGAGCGAUUGGGCGGCGUGGAAUAUUUUUCUAAGUUGGAUUUGAAGUCAGGAUAUCAUCAAAUCUCGAUCCGACCGAACGACCGCUACAAAUCCAUGUUCAAGACGCGGUAUGGGCAUUUUGAAUGGGUGUUCAUGCCUUUCAGCCUCACCAACGCCCCGACGACCUUUCAAGCGGCAAUGACCAACGAGUUCCGUGCAAUGUUGGACCGGUUCAUGCUGGUCUACUUAGACGAUAUUCUCGUCUAUAGCCUGACAUUGGAGGAUCAUCUUGGGAACCUUCGACAAGUGUUAGAGACGCUCUGCCGUGCCAAGUACAAGACCAACCGCGACAAGUGCGAAUUUGUCAAGCAAGAGUUGGAAUACUUGGGCCAUUUUGUCACACCGGAGGGCAUCAGUCUGCUAUCGGACAAGAUUCAAGCCAUCCAAGAGUGGCCGGAGCCGCAGAACGUCACGGAUGUCCGUUCGUUCCUUGGCCUUGCCGGCUACUACCAACGUUUUAUCAAGGGAUACUUGAAGAUUGCGGCCCACUUGUCCAAGCUUCAAUGCGAAGAUCGGUCGUUUGACUUCGGGGAGGAUGUGCGGGAAUCAUUUUUGGCUCUGAAAGCCGCGCUAUUAUCUCUGGAGGUCUUGCGAAUCUACGACCCUCUCUUGCCAACGCGCGUCACUACGGAUGCGUCCGGCUAUGGCAUUGGUGUCGUCCUCGAGCAACACGAGGAUGUGACCCGGCACCCGGUCGAGUACUUCAACAAGAAAGUGCCCGCCGUGCAUUCUAUUGAUGAUGCACGCAAGAAGGAGCUCCUCACCUUCGUCCACGAGCUCAAGCGGUGGCGGCACUUCCUCCUUGGUCGAAGUUAAUUCCGAUGGGUAAUGGACAACAAUCCAUUGGUCUUUUACAAGACCCAAGACACCGUCAACAGCACCCCGUUGGUCUUUUACAAGACCCAACACACCGUC